UUCAUAUUCCCACGCGACCCAACAUGGAGACGCGCAGAACAAAUAUAACAAACAGUGCACGGCUAAUCAUAGACGACUGGAUUUUGACUUCCUUACCAUAUAGUUCACAUCACACAUCACAUCAGUGUAGCCUCGUUCCAUCUGCAGAUAUGAUGUUGGAAAGACGACUCUGGAUUGCUACUCUUAUAGUAAUAAUUUGCACAACCAUUGUUAAAGCCCAAAAUGUUACUCACUGUACUUCUUCUUGCGGUGAUAUUCAUAACAUCAGCUUUCCUUUUCGAUUGAAAGCUGAUCCCCACAACUGUGGUGAUUCAAGGUUCGAGCUCGAUUGCCAGAACAACCGUACUGUCAUAAGUUUGAGUACUUUCAUAAGUUCGGACGCAGGAAUAUAUAACGUGCUAGAAAUCAACUAUGAUAAUUUCAUUAUCAGAGCAAUUGACCCUGGUGUGGAGCAUCAAAUUAGCAGGAACUGCACUACUUCUCCCAAUAACUUCCGCAUGUUUGCUCCUACCGCCUCAGCUUUUGACAGUAUUAGUUCGAACCGUCCCAUUCUUUAUGUCAAUUGUUUAGCCACUGUAAAGUCUUCCAGCUAUGUGGAGACUACUUUCUGUGGUUCACAGAACAAGACUACUACUACUUCUUCUGAGAGUCAUAGCUAUCUCACCACUGGACAGGACAUGACGAUUUCGGAUUUGGCAGAGAAUUGCAGCGUUGAAAUGGUUGCCUGGACUUCAGCCCGGGGACUUUCAGUGGAUAAUAAUUCUCUAUCGAGCAUUCAUGCGGCACUGACAGAUGGGUUUGAACUUUCUUGGAAACGUGCCUUUAUGUGCAGAGAAUGUGAAGCGAGAGGAGCCUUCUGUUCUGAAGACGACGGUUAUAGUUGCAGCAACCCCUGCUAUAGCUACUGGGUGAUGGAGAGAAUUCCCCUCCCUUGUCGCCUCUCCCACAAUGGUGUUCUUACAACAAUAUACGUUGGAAGUGCUACAUUUUCAAUUCUGUCAUUGCGCUCUCUCUUUGGAUUGGUUUUCCUGAUUGCAUUAAUAGUGUACAAAUGGAGAAGACAACACUUAUCUAUGUACCAAUCAAUUGAAGACUUCCUGCAAAUCCAGAGCAACUUUGUGCCAAUUAAGUAUUCCUACUCUGAGAUUAAGAAGAUGACUAAUAAAUUCAAGGAAAAACUUGGUGAAGGAGCCUAUGGAACUGUCUUUAAAGGAAAGCUACGCAGUGGUCCUUUUGUUGCAGUGAAGAUGAUGCACAAAUCUAUGACUAGUGGGCAAGAAUUUAUCAGUGAAGUUUCCACAAUUGGAAGGAUUCAUCAUGUUAAUGUUGUGCAGCUCAUUGGAUUCUGUGUUGAGGGCUCGAAACGUGCUUUGGUAUAUGAGUUCAUGCCUAAUGGUUCCUUAGACAAGUACAUAUUUCUGCAAGAAGGAAUUGUUUCCUUGAGUUACAAACAAAUGUUCGAUAUAUCUCUAGGAGUUGCCCGUGGGGUAGAAUACCUACAUCGGGGCUGUGACAUGCAGAUCUUACAUUUUGAUAUUAAGCCACAUAACAUUCUUCUUGACGAAAAUUUCAGCCCCAAAAUAUCUGACUUUGGGCUUGCCAAAUUGUAUCCAACAGAUGAUAGUAUAGUGAGCCUAACUGCAGCAAGAGGGACAAUGGGUUACAUGGCUCCAGAGUUGUUUUACAAAAAUAUUGGAGGAAUCUCAUACAAAGCCGAUGUAUAUAGUUAUGGAAUGUUGUUGAUGGAAAUGGCAGGCAGAAGAAAGAACAUGAGCCCAUUUGCCGACCACUUAAGCCAGAUUUACUUUCCUACCUGGGUUUACGACCAAUUCGAUUUAGGAAAUGACAUAGAGAUACAGGAUGCCACCGAUGAAGAAAGGAGCAUGGUAAAGAAGAUGAUGAUUGUGGCAUUGUGGUGCAUACAGAUGAAGCCGGCUGAUCGUCCUGCAAUGAACAAAGUUGUUGAAAUGCUUGAAGGAGAUGAUGAACUCCUACAGGAGCCCCCAAGACCUUUUAUAGCUCCCCGUGAGAUUAAUGCUGGAGAUGUUACUGAGACAAUAAGAAUAUCCUGUGACAUUCUAGGUGGUUAAGGUUAACUCACCAUGUUUUGCAAACCGUGGUAAGAAGACCUUAAGGAGAAUUCCUGAGUGCCAACACUGCUUCCAUGCCAACUGUAUAGACAAAUGGCUACGAUUAAAUGCUUUAUGUCCAGUUUGCUGCAAAUCCCCAGGCCCAAGCUAUUUUCCCUUAGUGAGGCUCCCUAAUUAUUUCUCAUUUGAAUGUAGACUUCACCUUUUAAUCGGCACCAUGACUACACGAGAUGAACCUUAGUUUAGUAAAUUGAAAUUGGCCUCGUGUAGUAAUGAGGUGCUCAUUGCUGCUUGUUGGCUUUUAUUUUAUGAGAAUAGAUGGUUGGAAGUCAUACUUAUAUUCUUGAGGAAAUUGGACAGCAAUAUCCAUAAACUUCUUUUUUUCAUU